AUGUGGCCAGCCGUGGUUCCAACUCUCCUGCUGCUGGGCAGUACAGGCAAUCUGGCUUUAACGGUAAACGAGCUGCUGAAACGCAGCCACCAGGAGCAGCAUUGCGAGACGCUUUUGUUGCUCAGGCACAGCCGCCAGCUGCCCUGCAGCCAAAUGGAGCAAGUGGCGGCUGCCGCCACGUGGCCAGUUUUGCGCUUUAGCAGCGAGGCGAACUUUUAUCUCAAAAGCAGCCAGAGCACGGAAAUGUUGGCACUAAUAUGCCUGACUAGCGAUGUGAAGAUGGAUCUGGCAUUGUGGCAGGCACUGGCCAACAAUCUGUACAACAUGCGGCAUGCGCGGCUGCUCCUCUUGCUGCAGCACGCAACGGUACAACAGCUCCGGGCGCUGGCCAACACUGCGCGGCAGCUGCAUUUUCCUCAUGUGGUGCUGCUGCAGCUGGGCACAGGCAACGCCUAUCAACUGCAGCCAUAUGCGAAGGAGCACUGGCUACAGCUACAGCCGAACAGCAGCCCUAUCUUUGCCAGGCAAUAUAACUACCAUGGGCUGACGGCACGCACGCUGCCCGAUCAGGUGUCGCCGCGUUCGUUGGGCUAUCGGGAUCGGAAGACAGGUGAGCUGCGCAUGACGGGCUUUGUGGCCAAGCUGAUGCAGGAGUUUGCGCGUGUGCACACGGCCGAGGUAUACCAAAUAGUGUGCAGCUGGAACAUGCUGGUUGUGCUACUCGGCAGCUACUGUGUCUUUGCGCUGCUGGACACUUGCUUUGGUUGGCUGCUGAUGCAACAGCAGGUGGAUUGGACCAAUCUGGUGUUCAAUGAGCGCAUGAUCUCGGGCAUUAUUGGGCAGCCGUGCAAGCUGUACGCACAUGCCACGAACAGCGGACGACUGGCUCACGCCCAGCUGUUCCUGCUGGGCCUGAUUUUUAGCACACUGUUUGCAGCCCAUUUGAAGACGCUGCUGACCAAGCGACCAAUGGAACGGAUGGUUACCACUUUUGAGGAGCUGCGAGACUCUCAUCUGAGCAUUCACUUUACCGAGGGUGAACACUUCUAUGUGAACAUGAUGGAUGUGGGCACUCCCAUCGAUAUCAUCAGAUCAAAGAUCACAUUUCUACAGACAAACCUCUUUUAUAAGGAGCGCAAAAGUAUGAACAAAUCGAAAGCAUUCUCUAUGACAUCCACCGAAUGGCAGAUUAUCAAAGAGCAGCAGAAUCUAUUUCAAAGGCCUGUGCUAUGCUUUCAGCCUGGCCUGAUCUUUCGCUACAAGAUUCUCGCCUCCGUGCCCUUGCAGGCGAACUCCAUCUUUGCGGAGCCACUGGAAGAGCUCAUGUUUCGAGUGCACGAUACCGGGCUCCUCUUGCACUGGAAGAAACCGUCCUUGGGCGAGCUAAUCGCACUUGGCGAGAUCAGUGGCAAGGAUCCGUAUCCGUAUGUGCCAUUUUACGACUUCAAGGUGGGCGACUUGUUCUGGGUCUGGCUGGGCUGGGCAUGGGCCUUGUGCCUGGCAUUUGUAGUCUUCUUGUGUGAGUUAAUUGUUUACCGCAUGAAAAAGUAUUUUAACAAUUAA